UCUGUGCGGUGUGAUUAAGCGCGCAGGCGGCAAGCGGACAGGUAUGCUGCGAUCGGGCGCACUUUUGGUGGGUAGUCGCAAAUCUACACCAAGUGGGCAAACUUAGUCUAUUCGUGUAUCGUGCGCGGCUCACUCGUUCGUAUGUCGAAUUCGCUGGCGUUUACCGAUCAGUGUGGUACUCGCUCAUACUAGUAGAAGUUGGUUGGUUGUUUUGAUAUGUGUCGACGACGGACGGCGCUUGGGAAAAAGUUUUCGCCGAAACUUUUUUUUUGUUUUGCAUUCAUUGUGAUGUUAUGCGAGCUGUGCAACGAGCAUUAGCAAUACAACAACAACGUCACCAAAUGCAUGUGCGCUAGAUUUGCACAAAUAGAUAAUGGAAUCUAAUAAAAUGUGCGAAAAUCCAACAACUAAAAAGACCAAAACAACAACAAAGAGCGCAACGAACAUACAUGUGAGAAUUAAAAGUCAGCAACUUGAGAAAUUGCACAAAAUUUACGAACAUCAACGAACUGAAAUCGAGCGAUACUAAAUAGAGGGCAAGAAAAGCAAACAUAAAUACAAAAAUCAAAAAAAAAAAAACACCAAAACCAAAGAAUAACGAAGUGUAUAAAAAAAAAUUACAAAGUCAUAAUUAAACGAUCAGUGUAAAUAAUUUAAAAAAUAAAAUAAAAAUUACAAAAACGCCAAAAAAAAUUGUAUCCAAAUUAAAGCAACUGCUUAAAGGAAUUAAAGAACCAACAACAAUACAAAAACACAAACCUUGCUACAAUCCAGCUGUGGUGACUAUGUCCGAAACUGAGCUGUAUGACAGCAAAGGCAAUUCCGAAUCCUUCCUGCAAUAUGGCAACGAGAAACCACCACCGAUCGUUGUUGUUGUCGGUGACGGCCGCAGUCGAGUGCGACGUGUGGUGCGCACAGCGACACGUCACGUGACUGUUGUCAGUUACUCGACACGACACAAAGAGACCCGCACCCAUACAUCACAUCAUGUGACGACUGUGAGUUUCCCACAAAAAUCCAUUGAACGAAGCGGUUCGACCCAAUAUGACAUUGCCGCACCGCCGGGCUCCACAACAUCCGGCUCCACAAUGUCAACGGAUUGUGGUGGCUACGUUUACCUGCAGCAACACUAUAUACCCUCGAGCUCUUCCAGUGCUGCUAUAAAUUAUCCCGUCAUGCCACAAUCUCACAUGAUUUACCAGCAACAGCAUCCACAACAGUAUGCAACCUCGUGCCAUCAACAGCAAAUCGCACAUCAACCAGCAACAGCGGGAGCUGGUGGUAUGCAUCAUGGCCAGCAUGUGAGCUUACAUCACCAGCAUCAUCAUCAUCAUCUACUGCAUGGCCAUCAUCAUCACCACGGUGGUGCCGUUGUGAUUGCAGGCAGUGGUGUUGGCACUGGCAUGGGCGGGAGUGCAGGGGGUAUUGGUGGCGGUGGUCCAGGUAGCACUUCACCAUCGGCAAUGCAGCAGAAUAUGCACAAGAAGAAUUCCAUACGAAAUGGCAGCGAUGUGCUAAAACGUGCACGUGCACAGACAGCAUACGAGCUCUCACAAGAUUUGUUGGAGAAACAAAUUGAACUAUUGGAGCGUAAGUACGGUGGCGUGCGGGCACGUAAUGCUGCCGUAACAAUACAGCGCGCCUUCCGUCAUUAUAUGAUGGUGAAAAAAUUCGCCUCAAUUACCGCAAUGGCCAAAGCUGAGAAGCGUCUUAGUCGCCGUGUACUUAUAGUGUCUGGUGGCGGCGGUGGUGGUGGUAUUGGCGCCGACGAUGGACCUGCUUCCAACUCAUCACUGUCCUCGGCAUAUGGCAGUGCAACUGAAUCUCAGCUGGAUAUGAUACAGCAACAACAGCAGCAACAGCAAAUACAAGCACAACAGUCACAAACACAACAACAGCCGCGCGUUACCAUCUUGGCUGGUCCACCGGGUAGUGUAGGUGCUGCAUCUAUGCCCAUUGUCUCGUCAAAUGCCAUGUCGUCGCGCACACCACCCACGCGGUCACUAUCGAUGCGCGAGCGUCGUCAGCAGGAUGGGAGCCCCAUUCCACGCAGUCAGUCAGGUGCCUCCUCGGUUCCCAUUGGCGGUGGCGGCUCCUCCGCCUCUUCAACAUCUUCGGGCACACUCGGCUCGGCCGGUUCCACGCAUCCACAUGUAAAUCUACUACAUGCCACCGAACCGCAUUUCUAUGGCAGCCAACAUCUGGCCACCCAUUACUAUCAUGUGCCACCACACGAAGCCAGUUACGCCAGCUCGGCGAGCAAUUCUCAGUUGGAUAGCUCGUUGAAUACCUCGUGGGCGAGCGUUGCCAGUGGCACAUCGCCACAUACCCCUUACUAUUCUGCGGCACAGAUUUACAUGCGACCAAAAGGUGCGCCCGGCAGCACUUCUGCCGAACGGAAAAAGGUACCACCCGAAGUGCCUAAGCGCACCUCCUCCAUCGCAGCACAGCAGCAUGCGCAACAUCUUGCCGCACAACAGCAACACCAACACAUGCUAAUGAUGCGCCAAACACCGCCACCCCCCUCGUUAUUGCGCUCGAAUGGGCUGUGUAAGAGCGCCGAGAAUGGCAGUCUCACAUCUGUGCAGAGUUCAGGUAGUGAUUCCAGCGUCACAUCAGCUGAUCGCAUUGCAGUGAAUAGUGAUAUUGGUUCAGAUCGUUCGAAUUCACCACAAACUUGGAAACGCAAUACAGCGCUGUCGAGUUCACAACAGUUCGUACACAAUGUUGAUACGUCAGCAGUCACAUUUAGUCUCGCCCAGCCAACAGCUGCCAUUGUGGCAGGUAGUGUAGUUUCUGCUGGAGUUGUUGGUGCGCCCAAUACAGCGGAUGAUCAUGCCGUGUCAUCGCACACAACUGCAGCACAGUACGAACAGCACGACCAGCAGCAGGAUCAUAACUUGAAUGCAACGGCUCCAUUGCAGAAUUAUAAGGUUUCAGAAACGAUACGGAAACGACAGUAUCGCGUCGGCUUGAAUUUAUUUAAUAAGAAGCCGGAGAAGGGCAUCACAUAUUUGAUACGACGUGGAUUUCUUGAGAACACACCACAGGGUGUAGCGCGUUUUCUCAUCUCGCGGAAGGGUUUAUCGCGACAGAUGAUCGGCGAGUAUUUGGGGAACCUGCAGAACCAAUUCAAUAUGGCGGUGUUGAAUUGUUUCGCGAUGGAGUUGGACCUUUCCGGCAUGCAAGUAGAUGUGGCAUUGCGCAAAUUCCAGGCUUAUUUCCGCAUGCCGGGUGAAGCACAGAAAAUUGAGCGUUUGAUGGAGGUGUUCUCGCAGCGUUUCUGCCAGUGUAACCAGGACAUAGUUGGACGACUGAGAUCAUCAGAUACGAUCUUUGUACUGGCCUUCGCCAUCAUUAUGCUAAACACCGACUUACACACACCAAAUCUGAAGCCAGAGCGCCGCAUGCGUGUGGAGGAUUUCAUUAAGAAUUUGCGUGGAAUUGACGAUUGUCAUGACAUCGAAAAGGAUAUGCUUGCUGGCAUUUAUGAGCGCGUGAAGGCUAAUGAAUUCAAACCGGGAAGUGAUCAUGUGACACAAGUGAUGAAGGUGCAGGCCACCAUUGUGGGCAAGAAGCCCAAUUUGGCGUUGCCACAUCGUCGCCUCGUCUGCUAUUGUCGCCUCUAUGAAAUACCCGAUGUAAAUAAGAAAGAACGCCCUGGCGUACAUCAGCGCGAAGUUUUCCUCUUCAACGAUCUGCUGGUGAUUACAAAGAUAUUUAGCAAGAAAAAGUCAUCCGUGACCUACACGUUCCGCAACAGUUUCCCGCUAUGUGGCAUGGUUGUCUCACUGCUUGACGUGGCCAACUAUCCAUUUUGCAUACAACUUUCGCAAAAGGUUGACGGCAAAAUAUUGAUCACAUUCAAUGCGCGUAACGAGCACGAUCGUUGCAAGUUUGCCGAGGAUCUAAAGGAGUCCAUAAGCGAAAUGGACGAGAUGGAAGCGUUGCGUAUCGAAGCCGAGCUGGAACGACAGAAAUCGGCGCGCAAUCGCACAGCCGGGAGUUCUGAGAAUCGUGACAGUGGCGUAGCUGACGUAGAGGUGGGCGCCUAUCAGGCAACACCUGCAGGCGAAUUAGCACCAAACGCGAACGACGCAGCGCAACAAUUGAAACGGAGUGCGCUCAGCAACAGUCUACUCGAUAUGCACGAGCAAUUUGGCAACGAGAAGCCACAACGGCGUGGUAGUGUCGGUUCUUUGGACAGCGGCAUGUCUAUCUCCUUUCAAUCGACCACCACUAGCAGCGCAUCGCGCGAAAAUGCUGCCGUCAUUGCAGCGGCCGCCAAUGCAGCAGCGGCCAAAAUGCGCUUCAAUUUGCCUACCGGCACCGCAGUAGCAAUGGGCGGCAAUAUGAGCGCUGCUAUCGUUUAUCCCAAUGCUUCCAGCUCGUAUUCGCAUGCUGCAGCAGGCUUUGUCAGCCAACCGCAUGCUAUACUCAUGCAACAACAAUUGGCAGCUCAGCAACAGCAACAGCACCUACAAAGCAUGCAACAACAGCAGGUGCAUGCCGCUAUGCAGGGCUCAAUGACAGGACGAGUGCCGGGUAGCGGGCGCGAGCGUAAAUUAUCCCGUUCCGAUGAAAGUGGACGUUCCACCGAAGUGUAAAAAGUGAAAGAGUAGAGAAACGCGACGGACCAAAAUAAAUGCACGCAUACGUACGUGUGCGUUAGGGGAAGAGAAAAAUUUUAUUUUAGUGUGCGCAUUUGAGCGGAUGCAGAAAAGUUGCGUAAAGUAAAAGUUCAGUUUUUUAUUUGUUUCGCUUAGCGUUACGUUUCGAGAGAAGAAAAUAAGCUUUUGUUACGUUAUUUCUUUUGUCGAACUGCUUAUUCGUUUGACUAAUUUCUAAAGUGCGAAUGCGUGAAAAUAAAAAUGUUUAAUGUUUCACAUGUAAAGCAAAAAAAAAUCAAAUUUACAAUUACUUUUGAUCACAAGUAAGCAUGGAAUCAUAACGAUUUCGCUCUUCCAAAGAAACAGCAACAAAAUAUUAUAGGUUAAAAAGUCUUAAUUGUUAUUGCAUUUCUGUGACAAUUAUGCCUACGCUAGUGGAACAGUCAGGGUUAACACCCGGCCAAGAACUUUGACUCUAGCAGCAUGCCACAAAAAUGUAUGUCUAAUGUUGUAUACUGGUACUACAACUGAAGCGAUGGCUUAGCAAAACUUUUCUCUAUUCUAGGAGUCUUACAAGUGGAUUUCGAUUGAACGUUUAUUUUUCCAAUGGCAGUUUAGUUUGCAUUACUCUUUAAGCUAUCGUAACUUCUGACCAAAUCCUGUCACAAAACAGAGUAACAGAUCUUAUUUUUUUGGUUUAAAACCUUUAAUUUUGGAUAGUUGAUAAACUACACGCGUUUGAAAUGCUUUUGAAUGUAUUAACUAGAAAAAUUAAAUAAAAAAUCAGUAAUAAAGGAAAUAUAAGUAAAUAUACAUAUGUAUAUAAAUUCUUUUUUUUCUAAUUCAUCAUUUUAAAAAUAUAUGUAUAAAUAAUUAUUUAAAUAUUAUGUUACUAAAGAAGCACAGGUAAAUAAAGCACGAAACGUGUUUUCUGCUUUUCGUUCAGCUAAAAUUAUCCGGCUUAAAAAAAUUGAAGACGCAAAAUUAAAAAGAAAAACAUGCUUUGAAAAGGGUGACGGUAGGUUUUCUUAUGUUUUGUUUUUUGUUUAUUUUGUAUAUAUUUUUUGAAUAAUGAAUGUGGCAGGAAAUAAUUAUUGUAUGGGAAAAGUUAAUAAUUUAAAGAUAAUCGAAAUUUUCACUCUACAAUAAUGAUACAUUUUGUUUUUCUUAAGUAUAAGCACAAAAUAAAUUUCUUUUAACGUAUAAUACAGCAUUACAUGGUACGAAUUCUUGAUUGAAACAUAUUAUUGAUGAAUAAUGAGCAAGUUGAUGAUGACAUUGAGCAAGAGGUUUAUAUGUAAUAUAUUUUAUGAAAUGAAAAUUUAUAGGAAGAUACUGUUGUGAUACUAUACAGCAAAUGAAUUUAUAGCUGGUUAAAUUUUGGUAACUCCGAAAAGGUUUUUUGUUUUUCUUUUUUUUCUUUUGGCGUAUUUCUUUUAUAGCAUAAUUUAUGGUACACGAACUUAUAAACUUAUUCAUACCAUGUAAAUCUCGCUAAGACCGUUGAAUAUUUUUUUUGUAUUAAAAUUAUAUAUAUAUAUUAAUAUAAACGUUCUGUUUAUUUUUUCUAUAUAUGAAAGUUCAUUUUUUUGUUUUUAAUAAUGUGCAAGCACUAAAGUUCACUAUACUUACUGCAACCAACUGGGGUGAACUCCGAUGCGAAAUUAUUGAUGGCAAAAAAAACACUUCGCACAAAAUCCUGUAACUUGUCAAAUUCUUAAACACAAUUUUCUGUUUUAUAUAAAUCCAAAUAAGCUAAAUCCAAAACAGCUCACUGUUUUCCCUGUUGGCAAUUGCGAUUACAAAAUACUUCCAGCAAGAAUUUGCAGCUUCGCCUCUAUAUGAAAUUUCUCUUUGCUCUCUCAAUUUUCUCCUCCAUCUACUUGUUUUUUGACUACACAAAAACUAAACCAUAACUAAUUUGUGAUUAAGAAUUGAACUAUUUUCCGUAUGCAUAUGACAACGAGGAAGAGCAGCUGAUGUCUGCGUUGUCGCUGACUGCGGGCGUAAGUAAGCGCAAAAGUUCGGCGGUUAUGUUCUAGAUACCUUUACAUACAAACUCUCCACUCGUGACUAAUUACAGAUUGCGUGGCUAUUUACAACAGAUUCAGAAGCGGUGUUGCUCUGUUCUUCCAACUACUAAAUAAAUUCUGUGAAUCUGAUUAAUUGAGUGAACGAUUGUUAUAAUGUUCAAAAAAAAAUCAAAUAUGAAUAUUCCCUUUUACUCAGCUAUACAUAUGUAUGUAUAUGUGCGUGUGUAUUUCGUGCAGAAAGUAAAUGAAAACCAAAAAUCAAUCUUGGUAGCGAAAAAGAAAAAAUUAAUUCGCGAGCAUUAAAGAAGAGCAAUUGUUAUAAUUUCAUGAAUUUAUUUGAUUUUGUGAGCUCUGGUCAAUUUGAAUACCUGAAAUAGUUUUAUUACAGUCAGUAGUAGUGCCAAAUGUGUCAAUCAAAUAGUUGCCGAAAAGUGGUUGCGACUAAGGAUCCAUUGGACUAUCUAUGCAAUUAUGCAGUCAAUGAAACUUAUUACAUAUAUGUACAAGUAUCUUAUUCUUGUUACUUUUAGUGUUCUAGAGUAAAGGAAGGUUUUCCAAAAGCGUCAUUUUUCAGCUCACGCUGAAUACCUGAAAGUACACAAUAACUGAAAAAAAAAAAAUAA